AUGAAAUUCUUCGAGAACAUCUCAACCUACGACUACUCCUUCCCCGCUGUUUCGCUCGCCUAUUUCCUUCGUUAUCCGAACCCCUAUUCCACGCAUGUCUUGACAUCCGAUGUUAUUGAUCGUUAUGUCGACCCCGACACCCAACGACUGCACACGACGCGGCUACACCUGAAGAAGUCCAAGAUUCCGUCCGCUUUAUUGAGAUUAUUGCCCAAGGGCAUUGGCGGGAGCGAGAAUUCCGGACAGUCCUACAUCCUCGAGAAGACCGUGGUCGAUGCUAAGGAGGGAUGGAUGCACACCGAAUCGAGAAACAUGGAAUGGACGGGCAUUCUGAGUGUUAUCGAGAAGCAGGUGUAUGAGCGCGAGAUGCCACCUGAGGGCGAAAGGGUGAACGUCCGGACCACUGUUACUUUCAUAUCUCGCCUGGGUCAAUCGAAGCUACUCAGUCGCGCACGGAAAGCAGCUGAUGGGUCGUCUUCUUCCGGCUCGGAGCUCGAUGAUGAGGCACCAAAAAGGGGUUUCUUUUCAUCGCUCUCUACUUCCGGAAUACAACGAACCAUUGAGCUGAUUGGUGUGACACGAACUAGAGACGCCAUCCUUCGAAGCAAGCAAGGCAUGAAUGUUGUCCUUGAACGACUUCGCCAUGGUGGCAUCGUCGCAGUUCUUGAAGGAAUGCGUCGAGACCGUGAAGGUAUCCCUGCUCCACUUGCCGCGGGCGGACCUAUGCAGUCAGAAAGUACCACUGCAUGGCGGCAAGCCUGGCUUAAGGGUGUCAAUAGUAAUGCCAAACGGCCGACACAUUUGGAAUAUGACGAUGACGAUGACUGA